UCUACACUGGGAGAAACAGUUUGGACAUCAAGCGGUUCUGUAUCAAAAGCGAUUUGAGAUUCCUGUGUUCCGGACGUCUUCACAGUCCUCUUGGUUUUGAAGAACCUCCUUUUGCCUGGAGCAACCUGCACCGUCUUCUCUGUUGAAGCUAAAAGGAGCAGAGUUUACACAGGAAAUAUUCUACUCUCACUGGCAAUUGGAUGGGAGAAAAGAAAAUCUUUGACCUUGGAAAUUGAAGAUGUUGUUGCCAUGGGAACUGUUAAUCCUUCUGUCACUCAAGGACUGCCUUGCUGAGAGAAACACCCGCCAUGGACCCGUCUUCAGUCAAGAACCAAGUGACAGCAUUUUCCCCUUGAGCUUUGAGGACAACAAGGUGUUCAUCAAUUGUAAAGCAAAGGGAAACCCAGCCCCAUAUUAUAAAUGGAAGGUUGAUGGGAGAGAUAUUGACAUGGAUUUGAACUAUAACCUGGUUGAAGGAAACCUGUUGAUCAAUAACCCUCAUGCAACACAUCAUGGGGGGGUUUACCAGUGUAUCGCUACCAAUACCUUUGGAACCAUCGUCAGCAGGGAGGCCAAGGUGCAGUUUGCAUAUCUACAGAAUUUCAGCAGAAAGCCCAGGAACACAGUGUCAGUGAGAGAAGGCCAGGCAGUGGUGCUACUGUGUGGGCCUCCACCCCAUCAUGGAGAGAUCAAAUACUCAUGGGUUUUCAACGGACGCCCAAGGUUCCUGCUGCAGGAUACCCGUCGCUUCGUCUCCCAGAGUACAGGCAACCUGUACAUUGCCAAAGUGGAGGCCUCCGAUGUGGGGAACUACACGUGUGUGGUGAGGAACAUGAUGACCAACGCCACCGUUUACAGCUCGCCCACCCCCGUGGAGCUGCGCAGGGAUGCUGUAAUGGCAGAGUAUGAGCCAAAGAUCGAAGUUCAGUUCCCAGAAAGUCUUCAUGUCACCAAAGGAUCAUCAGUGAAACUGGAAUGCUUCGCCUUAGGAAACCCAGUGCCUGCCAUCACAUGGAGGAGAACAGAUGGGAAUCCCCUCCCUGGCAAGAUGAAAAUCAACCAUUCCAACGGGGUCCUGGAAAUACCAUAUUUCAGACCGGAGGAUGCUGGUGCAUAUGAGUGUGUUGCAGAGAACUCCAGAGGAAAAAACAUCGCCAAAGGGCAACUCCUAUUCCAGAAUGUUGAACAUCUGCACUGGGUCCAGACGUUAAAAGAUGCUCAUAUGGCUAUCGAGGCUAAUCUUCAGUGGGAGUGUAGGGCGAGRGGUAAACCUAAACCCGUAUACAGAUGGCUGAAGAACGGGGAGCCCUUGGUGUUGGAGGACAGGAUACUUUUAGAAGGUGGACGAUUGGCCGUAUCCAGGAUUAACCUGUUGGACUCUGGGAUGUACCAGUGCCUGGCAGAGAACGAACAUGGAGCCAUCUAUGCCAGCGCUGAACUCAAGGUUGUAGCCUCUGCACCCGACUUCUCCAAGAGUCUUGUGAAGAAGUCCAUGCUGAUCCAGAGAGGGGGGGAGGUGAUAAUGGAGUGCCGUCCCCAUGCGUCCCCUAGGGCCUCCAUCUCCUGGCGGAGAGGGGGAGAGUUUCUGAAGGACAGCAAGAGACGGACUAUUAUGGAGGAUGGAACUCUCCGUAUCACCAACAUCAGCAAAUCAGACGGAGGGAGGUACACCUGUGUGGCCAGYAACCCCUUUGGGACAUCAAGCAGUACUGCUACUCUGGUGGUGAAAGAGCCAACCAAGAUAACGGUUCCACCGCUGAGUGUGGAUGCCACUGUGGGACAGAGCAUCGUGUUGCCAUGUGAAGUGUCCCGAGACUCCUCCCUGGAUCCCACCUUUAAGUGGUUCUUCAACGGCAAACUCAUUGAUUUUAACAAACAGGACCACUUUGAGAUGAUAGGAGGAGAAUCAGCUGGUGAUCUGAUGGUCAGGAAUAUUCAGCUAAAGCAUUCUGGGAAGUAUGUGUGCAUGGUACACACUGUGGUGGACAGUGUCUCAGCAGUUCCUGAUUCUGUGCCUGGACAGAUGUUUCAUGCAACGGUGAUAGAUUUGAACCCCUGGGUGGAUUAUGAAUUCAGGGUGGUGGCUAUCAACAAUGUGGGUGUUGGAGAGCCCAGCAUGCAAUCCAAGCAGAUUCGAACGAAAGCAGCAGUUCCUGAAGUAGCACCGGGUAAUGUGAGUGGAGGAGGAGGUAGCCGAGGAGAACUGGUUAUCCAAUGGGAGCCGAUACCAGAGGAACUACAGAAUGGAGAGGAAUUUGGAUAUAUUCUGGCUUUUCGUUCUCUUGGUACAACCACGUGGAAACAGACUGUGCUGGCUUCACCUGAUGCAUCAAGAUACACCUUCAGGAACGACAGCAUCCCUCCCCUCUCCCAAUUUGAGGUGAAAGUUGGAGUCUACAACAACGAAGGAGAAGGCCCAUCUAGCCAUGUGGUUGUAGUGUAUUCUGCAGAGGAAGAGCCCUCUGUAGCUCCAUCCAGAGUGUUGGCCCGGACGCUAUCAGCCUCUGAAAUCGAGGUGUACUGGGAACCCAUCCCCCAGACAGCCAGCAGUGGGAAGAUCAUUGGAUAUGAGGUGCUUUGUUGGGAGGAGGGGUUGCAGGAGAGUGAUGCUGAGAUGGUGAAGGUCACGGACACUGUGGCCCUUCUCUCUGGACUCAUGGGAAGUACUGUGUAUCUGAUCUCAGUGAGGGCCCAGAACAGCGCUGGAGCAGGGCCUUCUAGCCUGGCAGUCAAUGUCACCACCAAGAAACCACCACCAAGUCGACCUCCAGGGAAUAUUGAGUGGAACUUGACCAACUCCAAGAUCUUUUUAAAGUGGGAGCAUGUCAAGGCAUUGGGAAAUGAGUCUGAGGUGACAGGAUACAAGGUGGUGUACCGUCAGAACUGGCUUGGAAAGAGCAGUGUGGUGGAGACCAACAGGACCAGCGUGGAGCUGCAAGUCCCCUCUGGCGAGGACUACCUCAUUGAGAUCAAAGUCUUGAGUGGUGGAGGUGAUGGCAGCAGCAGUGGCCCCAUCAGGAUACCAAAGAUGUCCAGUCUUAACUCAAAGGGCCAUAUCAGCUCAGCUCCAAUGAACAUUUGUGUAGUUAUGUUUUUUAUACUUUCAAGGUUAACUUUGUAACUUAAAAAUACAUUUUAUGAACUCUAACUUUGAGAACCAUCUACUCAGCAAAGUAUGUGGCAGAUUAUAACAAAAUUGUUAUUUUAUGUGUAGCAUUCACUUCUCAAGAAUGUGAAAUCAACAGCUUACUAUUUAGAGUAUUCAAUGCAGCUGCAUUGCCUUGUAUGCAUUUUUGUAUUAAUUUGUCAACCAAGCUUUUGAGUGUUUUAUUUCACUAGAUUUUAUGCGGAAAGGAUAGGCUUUACAUAUGAGAGAUUGUUCUAAUGUUUGACAAUCUACAWGAGCCUGGCCUAUUUGUGCCUCAUCCCUGUGUUCUCUGUGCCCUGUUUAUUUGUUAUUGUACAGUAAACGUUCUGUUAGGAUGACUCAACUGUUGAAACGGCCAUGGUUCACUCAGAGGUUGUCCUUUCAUUUCUUCAUGAAGCACAGUUACUGUAUAUGGUCUGUCUGGCCGCCGUCAAUAUUCAGCAAAUUCUGUGAAAAAUAAUCCAAGUUCUGUGGUAUUUGGACAUUCUUGAGGUUUUACAUAUUCUAUCAUCAACAUUUAACAGUAUCAUCAUGGUCAAUAUGACCAUCACAGACAUAUUGGAUCAAUAAACAGAACCUGGGGAAGAUUGUAUAACAUGUUCCAUUAAUUUAACUCUUUCUCCAUUUUCAAUUGUUUGGUAAUCAAGAUAUUUCAAGUUGUGUGCUUGAUAGUUUAUUUACCAUAAAUGUGAUAUAGAUGUUGCAUAAGCCUUUUAAUACUAUUGUAUUAACAAAUUAUACAUAUCUCUGUGAGAUGUUAUUGAGA